UUAAUUUUUUAAUAAUUAUAAAAUGAAGGGUUGUGAUGGGUCAGUCCUACUUGACGGUUCAGCAGCCGGUCCAAGUGAAAAGAGUGCAAUUCCAAAUUUAACCUUAAGAAAACAAGCUUUCAAAAUCGUCGACGAUCUUCGCCGGCGCGUGCACAAGGAAUGCGGCCGAAUCGUCUCAUGCUCCGACAUCGUCGCUCUCUCCGCCCGUGACUCAGUUUUUCUCACCGGAGGACCCGAUUACGCCGUCCCGUUAGGUCGUCGAGAUGGUCUUAACUUCGCCACUGAAGCCGACACAUUCGCCAAUCUCGUUGGUCCAAGCGCCAACACCACCACUGUUCUAGUCCGAUUCGCCGCCAAAAAACUUGACACCGUCGACUCAGUUGCUCUCUCCGGCGGCCAUACUAUUGGUAUCAGUCAUUGUCCUGCUUUCACUGACCGUCUUUACCCAACUCAAGAUCCGACAAUGGAUAAAACUUUUGCUAACAAGCUGAAAGUAGUAUGCCCUGCUGCUGAUACUAAUAGUACGACGGAUCUUGAUAUUCGAUCGCCGAAUAAGUUUGAUAAUAAGUAUUUUGUUGAUUUGAUGAAUAGACAGGGGCUUUUUACGUCGGAUCAGGAUUUGUAUACUGAUAAGAGGACUAGAGGGAUUGUGACUGAUUUUGCUGUUGAUCAAGAAUUGUUCUUUGAGAAAUUUGCUAUUGCUAUGGUUAAAAUGGGGCAGGUGGAUCUUUUGACUGGAACUCAGGGAGAAAUUAGGGCAAACUGCUCUGUUAGAAACUCUGAUAACUACAUGUUGUUGAAGGAGGUUGUUGAACUUGAAGUUGAAGAAAUGGGUUUGUCUAUGUUCUAAGUUAAAAGAUCAUGGGGGUAUUUUGGUCUUUUUUUGUUGUUCACUUUCUAGGGUUACUUUCAAUUUCAAUAAGUUUAUGUAUAUGAUGAGUACUGUUGUGAUCUCCACUUAAUAAGUCUGAAAUAAAUCUGAAUUUCUU